GUUUACUCAUAAAUCUAAGUAGUAGUAAUAUAUAAUUAUGAUUCUAAUUAAAUAUAUAGGUAGUUAACUUAACAGAUUACUUCUUACCUCGAUCUGUGAUAAUACGUGUUUGUGUCGCCUCGAAGGCAGUCGUACUCAUCUGCGCAUGAGUAGAUAUUUUUGUAAAAGUUUUUAUAUUUACGCUGUAAUAAGACAUUUCAGAGGAAAAAUAAACGAAUCGCGAGACCGACAACAAUGUUUCGCUCUAUCCACUGCGUGGUUAAUAGUGCAAGAAAUGGAUCACGACACUACACGGGUUCCGGUUCACUGGAGAUAAAGUACCAACGAGUGGCAGAUUACUACGCGGGUAAAUCAGUUUUCGUCACAGGAGCUACAGGGUUUGUUGGAAAGGUAUUUAUCGAAAGAUUGCUUUCCAAUUGCAAGGAUAUAGAAAAUGUGUUUGUGCUGAUUAGACCUAAGCACGGUGCAGACACAGGAAAACGUUUACAAAAAAUAUUUGAUGUUCCGCUUUUUGACAAAUUAAAACAAACAAGACCUGGUGAUCUGAAGAAAGUAAUUCCCAUUGAAGGAGACAUUACAACAUCCCAGCUGGGUUUAACGCCAGAUGACAAAGAGACUUUGGCUGAUAAGGUGUCAGUAGUAUUUCACUCGGCAGCUACCGUCCGAUUCAUAGACAAAUUUCAAGAUAUGAUGAACAUUAACGUAGAGGGAACACAACGAGUGAUAGAUUUGUCUAAGGAAAUAAGAAAUUUAGAAAAAUUCGUCUAUAUUUCGACCGCCUUUUCAAAUUCACAUAUACAAGUAGUUGAAGAGAAGCUAUACACUCCUAAGAAAGAAUUAUCCGCAGUCCGACAAAUGAUACGAGACCAUGGAACAGAUGAUACGAAAGUAAAUGAAUAUGUCGCGGAUGUUCCUAAUACAUAUACACUAUCUAAGGGGUUAUGCGAAGAACUAGUGAGGCAAAAUAAAGAGUACUUACCUACUAUUAUAGUACGACCAUCGAUUGUUACUCCAAUGUACCACGAGCCGCUUCCUGGUUGGGUGGACAGUUGGGUGGCAGCUACAGCCGUCUUCAGCAAUUUAUCCAAAGGUCUCAAUCCGUACAUUUAUAGCACUGAGGACGUCGUUUGCGAUCUUAUUCCCGUUGAUUACGUUGCAAAUUUAAUCAUCAUAGCCGGGGCUAAAGGAGCUAUAACGGAUGACAUCUCCGUGUAUAAUAUAAACUCCAGUUCGGAAAAUCCUAUUACUUGGAAAGGCGGUUCUGAUUUAUAUUUAGAACAAAGCAAACGAUUAGGCUACUCUAAAAAGAACAUGCAAGAAAUAAAGGUAUCAAAAUCAACAUUCGUAGUGAAUACCAUGACAUUUAUUCUGCAAACAGUACCUUGUUUCUUUGCUGAUGUCGGACUCGUCUUAAGAGGAAAAAAACCUAGACACUUAAAAGAAGGUUCUCGUUCAUCUCUCCUACGAGAUAUUCUUAGACCGGUAACGUCUACAUCCUGGCUUAUUAAAUCGAAAAAGACCCAGGCCUUAAUCUCCACUCUGGAUGACCACGACAAGAAGAUGUUCCCAUGUGACGUCAACAACAUCGAUUGGAAAGAGUACAGUGCCAUAUUCUGCAGGGGCGUUCGGGAGUUUUUACUGAAAGGAAAAUAAGAUUUAAUUUUAUUAAAAAAGUAAUUACAUUUUUUUUUAUAUGUCCUUUGAGUAUACCCUCAUGUAGAGAAUUUCUAUACUGAAAGGAAAACAUUUUAUAAAUUAUACGAUUAGGUGCUAAGCGGCCUAGUCAUUGAAAGAUUGGUUAACGUAUACUUAGUUUGUUUUUGUGUAAAGUCGAAUGCGAUUACCGUAUCGCCUCUGGCCACAGAAUUUCGCUUUAAAUCCUUCAAUUAACUCUAUGUAAAUGACGCUUAAAGUAAUUUAAAAUACUGCUGAUCGUUGCGUAUUAAAAGCCAAUUCAUAUUAUUCUUAUUUUGGGUGUCUUCAGUUGAUUAAAUUUUGUAUACUUUCUUA